GCCCACAACAUCCUGCGCUAAAAAAAAAAAAUCCGGAAAAACCCCCCACCCACGAAGCACGAGAGCCGCGGCUGCUGGGAGGUCAAAGGGCGGAGGUGAGGAAGGAGCCGCUUCCCGGUGAGGUGGAGGCAGUGCCUCCCUGCAGGGCUGCCCACGCUGCUGUGCCCCGGGAUGGCCUGGAGGUGAGGAUGACCCUGACUGAGAGGCUGCGCGAGAGGAUUUCGCGGGCGUUCUACAGCCACGGGCUGCUCUGUGCCUCCUACCCCAUCCCCAUCAUCCUCUUCACUGCCCUCUGCAUCCUGGCCUGCUGCUCGCCCCUGCUGAAGCUGCCUCUGCCAGGGACGGGCCCCGUGGAGUUCAGCACGCCGCUGAAGGACUACGCUCCCCCCGGGGAGCAGGGAAUGCAGCACGGGGAGCCUGGAGAGCGCCCUGACUGGUACGUGGGAGCCCCUGUGGCCUACAUCCAGCAGAUCUUUGUCAAGGCCACCGUGUCCCCGUGGCAGAAGAACCUGCUGGCCGUGGACGCCUUCCGCUCGCCGCUGGCCCGCGUCUUCCCGCUGGUGGAGGAGAUCAGGAACCACGCCCUGAGGGACAGCUCCGGGGUCAGGAGCCUGGAGGAGGUUUGCCUGCAGGUGACAGACCUGCUGCCCGGCCUCAGGAAGCUGAGGAAUCUGCUCCCAGAGCACGGCUGCCUGCUGCUGUCCCCAGGGAACUUCUGGCAGAACGACCGCGAGCGCUUCAAUGCCGACCCAGAUAUCAUCAAAACCAUCCACCAGCAUGAGCCAAAGACCUUGCAGACGUCAGCCACUCUCAAAGACCUGCUCUUCGGGCUGCCUGGCAGGUACAGCGGGGUCAGCCUGUCCAACCGGCGCCGCGUGGUGUCCUACACCGUCACCCUGGGGCUGCAGCGCUACGACUCCAGGUUCCUGAGCAGCCUGCGCUCGCGGCUGAAGCUGCUGCACCCCAGCCCCAACUGCAGCCUGCGGGAGGAGAGCGUGGUGCACGUGCACUUCAAGGAGGAGAUCGGCAUCGCCGAGCUCAUCCCGCUCGUCACCACCUACAUCAUCCUCUUCGCCUACAUCUACUUCUCCACACGCAAGAUCGACAUGGUGAAGUCCAAGUGGGGCCUGGCUCUGGCAGCAGUGGUGACGGUGCUCAGCUCCCUGCUCAUGUCCGUGGGGCUCUGCACCCUGUUUGGCCUCACACCCACGCUCAACGGCGGAGAGAUAUUCCCAUACCUGGUGGUGGUGAUUGGCCUGGAGAAUGUGCUGGUGCUCACCAAGUCCGUCGUGUCCACGCCCGUGGACCUGGAGGUGAAGCUGCGCAUUGCCCAAGGCCUGAGCAAUGAGAGCUGGUCCAUCAUGAAGAACAUGGCCACGGAGCUGGGGAUCAUCCUCAUCGGGUACUUCACCCUGGUCCCGGCCAUCCAGGAGUUCUGCCUCUUUGCCGUGGUGGGGCUGGUGUCAGACUUCUUCCUGCAGAUGUUCUUCUUCACCACCGUGCUGUCCAUCGACAUCCGCCGCAUGGAGCUGGCUGACCUGAACAAGCGUUUGCCCCCCGAGUCGUGCCCGGCGAGGCCCCCAUGCCGUGCGCGGCCGCUGCGCCCGGCGGUGCCACACACCCCACACACCAUGGCCCCACACAGCAUCACCCCACACAGCCCCCACCCCAUCACCCCACACCCCAUCACCCCACACACCAUCACCCUGCAGCCGUCCUCGCUGCGCAACCUGCGCCUGCCCAAGCGCCUGCGCGUCAUCUACUUCUUCGCCCGCACCCGCCUGGCUCAGCGCCUCAUCAUGGCCGGCACAGUGAUCUGGAUUGGAAUCCUGCUGUACACGGAUCCCGCCGGGCUCCGCACCUACCUCACGUCCCAGGUCACCGAGCAGAGUCCCCUGGGGGACACAGGCCUGCCUGCCAUGCCCGUUCCCGGCGGGGUCCUGCCCGCCGGGGACCCCAAGCUGGACCUGUCCGUGUUCCCCUCGGAGCCCGCGCAGCUGUCGGAGAACCGGACGGAGCAGAAGGCGCGGCUGGAGCCGGAGCAGCAGCCCUGGGGCCCCGAGGGCAGGGGCAACGGGCAGCUGGAGCUGGGGACAGAGGCACAGGUUACCUGGGGAGCAGAGGACGAGGAGAUCUGGAGGAAGCUUUCCUUCAGGCACUGGCCUGCCCUCUUCAGCUACUACAACAUCACCCUGGCCAAGAGGUACAUCAGCAUCCUGCCGGCCAUCCCCGUGACGCUGUACCUGCACCCCCAGGAGGCGCUGGAGAUGCGGCACCCGCAGGAGGCCCGGCGCUCCCAGCCCUUCCUGGACACGGCCCCGCGGCCGGAGCGCGGCUCGCAGCCCCGCGGCCACCAGGACGUCACCCUCUACAAGGUGGCUGCUCUGGGCCUGGCAUCGGGCAUCCUGCUGGUGCUGCUGCUGUUCUGCCUCUACCGGGUGCUGUGCCCCAAGAACUACGGGCAGAACGGGCCGGGCCGGCGCCGCCGCGGGGACCUGCCCUGUGAUGACUACGGCUACUCACCCCCUGAGACAGAGAUCGUGCCCCUGGUCCUCAGGGGACACCUCAUGGACAUCGAGUGCCUGGCCAGUGACGGGAUGCUGCUGGUGAGCUGCUGCCUGGUGGGGCAGAUCCGCGUGUGGGACGCGCAGACGGGCGACUGCCUCACCGUCAUCCCCAAGCCCAGGCUGCGCAGGGACAGCAGCGGCAUCUUCGACUACCAGGAGGGCUGGGAUCCCAGCCCGGACGGCAAGAACGGCCUGGAGGACUCCUUUGAGAGCAGCCACCAGCUGAAACGGCUGCUGGGGCCCCCCCAGCCCCCCCUGUUCUGUGACCAGCCCGACCUCACCUCCCUGAUCGACACCAACUUCCUGGAGCACGCCAAGGCCGAGCCGGAGCCGCGGCUGCGGGCAGUGGGCGCUCGCCGCAAGGACUCAGGCUACGACUUCAGCAGCCUGGUGGGGAAGGUGUACGAGGAGCACGGCGGCUCCGGCUGCAGGAACGGGACCUUCCCGGGGCUCCCGGCCCCGCUCGGCCCCGCCGGGCUCUGCGGGAGCGGCGGUCGUGCCCCGGCCUGCACAGGGGACGAGGGCGGCUGCGGCGGGGACGAGACCUGCACCGGGUGUGACAAAUCCUCACCCCCUCCGUCCUGGGGAGGGGACCUGGAGAGCUCCAUCUGGAGCCUGGAACUGCAGGGGAACCUCAUCGUGGCUGGCAGGAGCAAUGGGAAGCUGGAGGUGUGGGAUGCCAUCGAGGGGACCCUCCGCAGCAGCAACGAUGAAGGACAAUCCGGCAUCACCGCCCUCGUCUUCCUCAACAACAGGAUCGUGGCUGCCCGGCUGAAUGGCUCCUUGGAUUUCUUCUCUCUGGAGACACACACAUCCUUGAACCACCUGCAGUUCCGAGGUGGCCCGGGCAGGAGCAGCCUGCCGCCCUCACCGGAGCUGAGCCGCGGGGCCGCGGGGCUGCGCUGCCGCCUCACACACAGCGUGGCGUGCGCGCACCACAAACCCAUCACCGCCCUGCGCGCCGCCGCCGGCCGCCUCGUCACCGGCAGCCAGGACCACACCCUGAGGGUGUUCCGGCUGGAGGACUCGUGCUGCCUGUUCACCCUGCAGGGCCACUCGGGAGCCAUCACAGCCGUGUACAUCGACCAGACCAUGGUGCUGGCCAGCGGUGGCCAGGACGGGGCCAUCUGCCUGUGGGACGUGCUGACGGGCAGCCGUGUCAGCCACAUGUUCGCGCACCGCGGGGACGUCACCUCGCUGACCUGCACCACCUCCUGCGUCAUCAGCAGCGGCCUGGACGACGUCAUCAGCAUCUGGGACCGCAGCUCGGGCGUCAAGCUCUACUCCAUCCAGCAGGAGCUGGGCUGUGGCGCCAGCCUGGGCGUCAUCUCCGACAACCUGCUGGUGACGGGAGGCCAGGGCUGCGUGUCCUUCUGGGACAUCGGCUACGGGGACCUGCUCCAGACCGUCUACCUGGGCAAGAGCAACGAGUCGCAGCCGGCGCGGCAGAUCCUGGUGCUGGAGAACGCCGCCAUCGUCUGCAACUUCGGCAGCGAGCUCAGCCUGGUCUACGUGCCCUCGGUGCUGGAGAAGUUGGACUGAGCAGGAG